AACUUCCUUGAGCGUUACCGUGUUCGAACCGGGCGUUAACAAACGAGAGCUGUGUGCGGCACUUCAGUACAUUGUUUCUGGAAAUCCAAGGAAACCCACGUAAUUUCGGCAUCAGCUCUGCAAUAGAAAUCACUCAAAAACACCCCUAAAAAUCAUGCUCCGUCACAGAAGUUUAAUUUCUCUCCUAAAUAAUGUCCAUAGACAAACUUGUCAUUUGCGCCCUCCGUCUCAUAAUCUAGUCAGAACAGAUUUUUUAUGCAAAUUCAAUAGGUGUUAUUCUAAGAAAUCAGGAGGUGCCAAUGACGAAUCCUCGAAUAAAACACCUCGGAUCACUCCUUCAGCAGCCACAUACAAGUCACCCGUAGAUAACAGGGGCAGUUCAAGCUCCACUUCUUACAAAGAAUGUCAUCCAGGAACUCAGAAAGUUAAUUCAGAAAUUCAAAGCUGUAACCGACCAAACCCAGUGAGUGCCUGUCCUCCCCCUGACUGCGCGCAUGAAGAAAGUGCUGCAGCACAAGCCAGAAAAAACAAUAAACGUUUAUUAGCUGCAAUCCUACUUACUGCUGGAACAUGCUACACAAUUUGGAAGUUACAGCCAGAAAGUAACAAGGAAAAAAUAGAUGUAAAGACUUCUCGAAAAUCAGCAGCAAAAUCAGUUCCCGUGAAGAUUCCAUCUACAUCAAGUGAAAUUCCUGCUCAUGUACCUUACUUGCUGGUUGGAGGUGGUACUGCUGGGUUCUCUGCUUUUAGAGCCAUUAAGUCCCUUGAUGCCAAAGCAAAGGUACUCAUUUUAAGUGAAGAGGGCUAUUUGCCUUAUAUGCGACCACCUCUUUCUAAAGAGGUAUGGUAUGAUCCGGAUUCUGAGAAAAAAGAUGAAUUAACUUUUAAGCAAUGGAAUGGAUCAGAAAAAAGUCUUUUUUAUGAACCUGAGGACUUCUAUAUUUCACCUAAAGAGUUGGAUGAAAAUCCAAAUGGUGGAGUUGCUGUUGCACGGGGCUGGAGAGUAGAGAGAAUUGAUCCCUUCAAAAGAAUUGCUUAUCUUGAGGAUGGGCAUGAAAUUAAAUACGAAAAAUGUUUACUUGCUACAGGCGCUAAACCAAAAUCACUUAACAUCUUCUCCAAAGCUCCAGAAGCAAUUCAAAAGCAUAUUACCACUUUCAGAGGGAUACCUGAUUAUGUUGAGCUCAAUGAAAUUGUGAAAGAAACUGAUUCCAUUGCCAUAAUUGGUGGUGGUUUCCUUGGUAGUGAGUUGGCAUGCGCUUUGAGCAGGAGAGCUUCUCUAGAGAAUCCUAAACUUAAGGUGUAUCAGAUUUUUAAAGAACCCGGUAAUAUGCACAAAGUCCUCCCAGAGUAUUUAAGUUUAUGGACCACAAACAAAGUUGCAAAAGAAGGAGUUCAUAUAAUUGCUGGUAGUGAAGUGCAGGAUGUGAAACUAGAAGGCAAUGAAGUCAGCUUGAUGUUGAAUGAUGGAAAGAAGGUUUCUGUGAAUAAAGUUAUUGUUGCUGUGGGUGUGGAGCCAAACACUUACUUGGCAGAAAAGUCAGGACUGGAGGUUGAUCCAGAUUGCGGAGGUUUCCUGGUGAAUGCUGAAUUGGAAGCGCGGUCUCAUCUUUAUGCUGCUGGUGAUUGUUCUUGUUUCUAUGAUAUCAAAUUUGGUCGUCGUCGUGUGGAGCAUCACGACCAUGCUGUCAUAUCUGGAAGACUUGCUGGAGAAAAUAUGGUUGGAGCAGGCAAACCUUACCUACAUCAAUCUAUGUUCUGGUCUGAUUUGGGUCCUGAUAUUGGAUUUGAAGCCAUUGGAAUUGUUGAUUCUUCUCUACCAACAGUAGCUGUUUUUGCAAAGGCUUCAGAAAAAGACAGUCCUAAAGCCAUUGUGGCAGAGUCAAAUGAUAAUAUUCGGUCCAACUUAGAAGCACAGAAUGUAUCAACCACAAGCAGUUCUCCAAGUCCAGUAAAUACCCAGAAAACUUCAGCUGAAAAUACAGGAACAGACGAUUAUGGGAAAGGUAUUAUAUUCUAUCUGAGGGACGAACUAGUGGUUGGGAUUGUCCUAUGGAAUGUUUUCCGUCGAAUGACUGUUGCAAGACAGGUCCUAAAGGAUGAUAGGAAAUAUGACGACUUAAAUGAAGUAGCAAAAUUAUUUCACAUUUUUGAUGAGUAAUGGGCAACUCUUUCAAAGCAGAUUUCUCUUCUUGACUCUCCUAUAUAAAUCAGUGACAUUUUCAUAAAGCUAAGUGUUAACUAUAUUCCAUGUGAUAGAUAUACACUUGAGAUAAGAGGAGUGCAUUUACUGAUAUUCUCAAUUCCAUUUGUUUACAUAAUUUGUUGUCAUUGUUUGCAUGUUAGCAUUGUUAGCAUGGCCUUUGUCCCAUUAAAAUGGGAAUAGAAUCAUCAAUCAUCCUCAUCCUGUAAACAAUAUGUUAAUCUUGAUAUUCACAUUUGAAGUUGUUUGAUGUAAAUAUUUAGAAUGAAGUUUAAAGCAGUUGUUUUUCUUUUA